GUCUAAUAAAAAUCUUUUUUCAGAAAAAAAAACGCAAACAAAUAUAUUUACUCGCAUUUUACAUGAGUUUCGUAUCAGGAGGGUAUUGCUCUGGGUCGACAAGUGAGGAGAGCAAUAUUCAGAAACAUCAUCGAUGGAGAGAUAUUAUCGGAAGAAGACUGGAUAUAAUAAUAUUUGGGGCAACUGGAUGCGCUGGACGUUUCACAGUUCUAGAAGCAGUGAAAGUUUUGAGAUCCUACUCGUGGGGCAUUGCGGGGAGAAAUAAACAAAAAAUGGAACUACUUUUACAAGAAAUUGGUAUUCGAUGCAGAAAAAAUUUAAAGGAUACUCCAAUCGUUACAGCAAACUUAAAACAUAAAAGAUCGCUUUAUAGUUUGGCAAGAAAGUGCAGGGUUUUAAUCAAUUGCUGUGGACCCUAUGAAGGUUAUGGUCAAAACGUUAUCAAAGCAUGUAUAGUGGCUAAAACGCAUUAUGUUGACCUCUGUACUGAAUCUCACUUUAUGGACACCAUACACUACAAAUUCGAUGAACUAGCUAAAAAGAAAGGGGUAUAUCUUGUGAUGGGUUGCGGAUUACAAAGUUUACCAGCAGAAAUUGGAAUCAAUUUCAUGAAAAAUAACUUUAAGGGAACUAUAAAUAGCAUUGACGCUUAUGUUGAAUUUUGGACGAAAAAUCCGUGGGUGUUGGGCUCGGUUGCGAAUAACAACGUUUGGACGAGCUUUAUAUUAGCUAAUCGAAAUAUGAGACGAUUUCGACGAAAACUGCUUCCAAAAAUGUAUCCACAAGCUUCACGAAUGAAUAUUUUAAGUGAGUCAGAUGUUAUUAAGGGCUUUUGUGUUCCAGCACCAACCGUUGAUCAAGAUAUCAUCGAUCGUAGUCAGUUGUACUACUGGGAGGAGAAGAACGAGAGACCCAUUCAAUAUAACAGUUAUUUGACGUUUUCAAACCCUGCCAUCGCUUUUUUGCUUUUGUGUUGGUAUUUUUUGAUUUUAAUACUUACUCAGUUUGCAUGUACUCGUCGUUUAUUACUAAAUUGUCCCCGUUUAUUCUCAUUUGGCCUAUUUUCUUCCGAUGGUCCUAUGGAGGAAAAUGUAGAUGAGACUUUUUUCCGAAUAACAUUCAAAGCAAAAGGUUGGGACAAAAACAUGAAAUCUAUUCAGCACAUAUUUCCCGCUAGCCCUGAUAAAAUUUUAGUGGGACGGGUAAGUGGCGCAUGCCCCUUUUAUGGAAUAGCAUGUGUCUGUCUUCUAGUGUCUGCUGUAACUAUAUUUAAUGAACAUUCAAAACUUCCUCAUCGGGGUGGAGUUUAUACACCAGGAGCAGCGUUUGGCCACACUAAAAUUAUAAAUGAACUUAGAAAGUAUGAGCACGGUUUAUUCUUUGAAAUAAUUAGCACGAAUUGA